GCAUAACAGUUCAAAUCAAUGGCAAAACGCCAACGCGAUGCGUCCAUGGCGUCGGCCUUUCACUCUGCAAAAUUUUAAGAGAGAGAGAGAGAGAGAUAGAGGAAAAUAAAGUGAUUUUUACGGAUCACGCCAAUUCCCACUUUUCUGAACCUCCUCAAAAAGCAAAAGGAAGAAAAAGGAAAAGAGAAGUGGAGCAUAUAAUCACCACUUCAUGAAAGUUUUUUGCUUUAGAUUCUUCAUCAGUCUUCGUUUCACUUCAUUUUGCGGUGCCCAUCAUUCCACACAUUUGUUAAAGUAAAUAUUGUUUGCUUUUCUAUUGCCUUCAUUCCUCGCCUUUCUCGCAGCUCUUGAAAAAAGAUUUCAUUUUUGUCAAAUAUUUUUUUCAAAUUCGCGUGUUCCCUUUAUCUGAAAAAUGGUGCAUUGACCCUCUUUUGGUAUCAACAAAACCCUCCAUUUAUGUUACUAUACGAGAAAUGUUCACAUAAGUGGUGAUGUAUUCUUUCCAUGCUCAAUUUUUCCCUGCCUCCUUCGAUUCUCCUUCUUCUGCAUUAAGCUGAAAUUUGUGAUAGAGUUCAUCUAAGAAGAAAAAUUGUGAUUAAAGUGCUCCAAUGCCUUGGUUGAUUGAAUGAUUGAGAAUAUGGGCGGUGGAGUUGGGGGAGGGAGGGUGGAGGUGAUUGCUGCGAAGGGGUGUUCAAGGCUGUUCAUGGAUUUUUCUUCCUCAUUUAGAGGAAUCCAAACAUUUUCCUUGGAGCCUUCGUCUCCAGCUGCCGCCGCAGUGUCUGAAACUCCGGUUAAAACUGUGAAAACGAAAGGCCCUUUUUCCGGCCUUGUCAUUUGCGUGACGGGGCUCUCUAAAGAAACAAGGAAGCAGGUGAAGGAAGCAACAGAGAGAUUGGGAGGUCAAUAUAGUCCUCAUCUCCAUCCUCAAUGCACUCACUUGGUGGUUCAGAGCUUUCAUGGAUGUAAGUUUGAGCAUGCUAUGCAACAUGGAACUGCAAAUGGUUUACUCUUGGUAACGAUUGGGUGGUUUGUGGACAGCGUCAAAAGGAAUGUUAGGCUGAACGAAACACUGUAUAGUGUUAAUAGCAUUGGAGAUAACGGUCUAGCAAUUAAUGACUUGAAGCGGCUUGAUCAGAACUCUGGUGCUGAAAAUUCAUGUCUUCCUUCUGGUUUACUAAAGCAUACUAAACAACCCGACAUCUGUGGAGCUCCUGCUUCCCAGUUUUCUGAGAGGGGGAGUAAAAGACACACUACUCUGUCAUCCUUGUCUGGUCAAUCCUUUUACGUUGAUGUAGAUGUGCCAGCAGAACUUCGCAGUAAGGUUUCUGAGGCUCUCUCUGCUGAAGGUGCUAGCUUACUGGAUCAAUGGUUUGUUGGCUGCAAUGCUACUUAUGUAGUAUGUGAAGGACCUUCUGUACAAAAAUAUCUGGGACACUCGACCAACGUUGUAACACCACUAUGGGUUCUAAAGUCUGCAAAAGAAAAAUCUCUUCAAAGACUUGUCCAUUUAUCAACCGAUCUAGCCAGGUAUACUGGAGCAAGGGUCGGGGUUCAUAACUCCCAGCAAGGCGUUUCCCAUGAGGGAGUGAGCAGUGUGACUAGUUUUGCCGUUAAAACCAGUCAUGAAGUAAGGCAAGUAAAGGUGAACCUAGCCAAAGAUGGUGUCAGAAAGCGUCGGAACCGUCAAAUGCAGACGUGUCAAACUCCAAUGCGACCAAUAACGCCAAGCAGUCUUCUGGAUUCGAUUUGCUGGUCAAUAUCUGAGCCAGCCUCGACUGCAUCCAUUUAUACAGAGUCCUCAAGCGUCGAGAAUGGCGUUGAAGACCAGCCAUCUGUCUUCUUUGAUGCGAAAGAAGAUGGAAAAGAAUCCGAGGCUUCAUUUGUGAACUUAUCUCGACCUCUCACAGAAAGCGAGAAGUCCGAGUUAAUAUUGAAAGGCCCUUUCCUCACGAUCAUGUUCCCUGUCGACCGGUUUUCUGAGAUGGGCCCUUGUUCGAGAACAUUCUUCAGCAACAAAGGGUUUACAUGUUUGCAGGUGUUAGAUUACAUCUAUGCAUUUUACCAGGAGAAUAUGUCUAGUGAGGAAAUAGAACUUGCCAUCUACACAGACUCGAGGCACGCUGACCGGCUUAGGUCCCUCUACUCGAGCAAGGAGACAGCAGAUCGCGGUCACAUAGAGUUCAGACGGAUUGAUUUUCUUGGCAGCCGUAGGAGUUUUGAGAUGUUGAAACGCGUUCAAGGCGAUAAUAACAGUAACCUCUACGAGUUACUGAUCAGAGCAUGAGCUCCGUGCUGUGGUAGUCGUCGCCCUCCCCGAAGACCCCACCGGUUUCUGCUAAAAUUUUCUCAGUCUGAAACAAGGGAUAUACAUAGAAUAUAUGUUGUUGAUAUGUUGUCAAAUGUAUAGCUAUAACUAUAGCCUGGGAAUUUGACUGUUUGGUUUCAUUUUUUUCUGAGUUUUAAGAUUUUGAUUUGUGUUUCUUGACUUGCAUUUUCUGAACCAUGUUGAUGUGAAUAUUGAUGAUAAACAUCUCCUCAACUGUUUUUUUUUCUUUAAUUAGUUUAUAUGCUUUUA